AUGAUUAUACUAUUCAUUCGUUAUUUUUGGGCAGUAAUUGUCCAUAAAUUUUGUAUAUUAUUAGCUGGUAUUCGUAUAAAUAAAAUUCUUCGUUCAACAUCCUAUCAAGUAUCAUACAAACGUCUUAUAUUGCAUGAUUUAUCGAAAUUUAGUCGAAGUGAAUUUUGGCCAUAUGCCGAACAUUUUUAUGGUGCGACAAAAAAUGCAGAAGCCUUCCAUGAAGCAUGGUUACAUCAUGUUCGUCAUAAUGAUCAUCAUUGGGAACAUUUUGUCGAAGAUUAUCCAUCAGUUUCGAAAAUUCUUUGGAAAAAUGAUAAAUUAAAUAAUUUAAUUAUACAUGAAAUGCCUGAUGAUGCAAUUUUAGAAAUGGUUGCGGAUAAUUUAGCUGCAACAAGAUCAUAUGAAGGUUAUUGGCCUAAUGGAGCAAAAAAAGAUGGAUGGUCAUGGAUGACGGAAUCAUUCGAUCACUAUCGAUUACAUCCAAUAACAAGAUUAAAAUUCACUGCUUUUUUAUGUGCAUUAGGUUAUGCAAGAGUUUUACCACAAGAAUUCGAUUGGAAAACGAUUGGAAAAGCUAAUAUAUCAAAUGAAGAGAAAAAGAAACUUUUAAAACUUCAACAAAUUGCACAAUUAAAUAAUUAA